AUGGACUACGAAAGCAUUGCCACGCCAGAGUCGUGCUACGUCGACUUCUGUCUUCUUCCUCUCGGAACAGGAAGCGUCUCUGUUGCAGAGGAUAUCGCAGAAGUUCAAAAGGUUCUCAAGGCGAGUGGACUGAAGUAUACUCUUCACUCUGCUGGUACCACAGUCGAGGGCUCCUGGGAUGAGGUGAUGGCAGCCGUAGGAAAGGCUCAUGCCGUUGUGCACCGUCGCGGUGUCGUGAGGAUUCAGUCUUCUAUGAGAGUUGGUAGCCGAACGGAUAAGAAGCAGACUGCUGAGGAUAAGGUUAAGAGGGUGGAAAACAUUCUGGCUGGCGAGUCCAAAUAG